AUUGAAACUGUUGAUCAAAUUUUCUUACAGUUCAGCAUCGGCAUGAUCAUAAUUAUACUCGUUUCUUCAUGUGGCGGCGAUAGUACUAGUCCCACAGGAUUACCUGCCGAGACAAUCGACCAAACUCAGCAGUCUCAACAAGACAUUGAAACUGGACAGAGGAAAGUCCUAGUGUUCAAAGAAAUCGAACAAGAAGAAGAAGGAGGCGGUAAACAAUUUUGUUCAAUUUGUUUGGAAGAGUACGAGGAUGAUCAUGAGAUUAUGCGUUUAAACAAAUGUGGACAUAUUUUUCAUCAUUUUUGCAUGGACUCUUGGCUUGCACGUCACCGGAGCUGUCCAAAUUGUCUUCGUUCUGUUGAUCUGAAUUCUUGAGUUUUUUGGUCUUCAUAUUAUAAUCAUUUUAGUAAUUUACUAGGUAAUAUUAUAAGUUUUGUGACUCAUUGAAUCGUGACAAAAAAAAAGUUUUGAAGAGUAGAUUGUCAAUAUUUUAUACUAAUCAAAGUUUUGGUCAAAGGUUUCACAAUCGAACUCAAGUUGACUUUGAAGCUAUGUUUGUUUUAUUAGGACAUAAAUACUCUUUUAUUAUUGGUCUACUUUCCACCGGUUCAAGCUUUUUUCCUUGUGCAAUACUUUUAUGGAUAUUGAGACUUGAGAGUGGUGAUCGAAUGCAAUACUUUUACAUCCGCAACAACUUCAAGCUUAGAUAGAUUGAUGGGAUGCCACCACCAUUGAUGCUUUGCUUUAUUAUAUGCGUUUUUAAUGACCGUGUGUGGUGGAUGAGAAGUCACAGGCCCCUCGAAGGGA